UACGUUUCAAGGGACCCAACCCAACCCAACAGGAAGACAACAGCUUUUCUUUUAUCUUUUUGAUGCGAUCCUACGAUGCAAAGUUGCUACUUCCAAGGAUAAAUACGAACAAUAAUUAGUAGUAGACUUAUUAAAAUGCCCUUAUUUGAUGGGUUGGGCAGUGGAGGAGAGAAGACUGCGAUCGUCAUUGACCUCGGAGCAGCAUACACAAAAUGCGGCUUUGCAGGGGAAACUGGGCCCAGGUUCAUAAUUCCGAGCGAGAUCCGGAAACCGGGACAGCAACAGGCCACCAAAGUGGUUCAGUACAACAUCAACACAGAAGAACUUUAUGUCAUCCUCAAAGAGUUCAUCCAUUUGCUGUACUUCAGGCACCUGCUAGUGAACCCUCGAGACAGAAGAGUGGUCAUCAUCGAGUCCAUCCUCUGCCCGUCUCACUUCAGAGAGACGCUCACCAAAGUUUUCUUCAAACAGUUUGAGGUUCCCUCUGUGCUGUUCGCCCCGAGUCAUCUCAUGGCCAUCAUGACGUUGGGAAUCAACUCUGCUCUGGUGAUGGACUGUGGACACACAGAGACGCUGGUGUUACCUGUUUAUGAGUGCACUCCUAUACUGCCAGCUUGGGAAGCUUUGCCUUUAGGUGGAAAAGCAAUCCAUAAAGAGUUAGAUGCACUUCUUGUUGAACAAUGCACCGUGGACACGGACACCACAACUGGGCAGAGUGUACCAGCUGCCAUUGGAACAAUCCCAGAGGAGACUGUGGAGGACAUCAAGGUCCGAACAUGCUUUGUCAGUGACCUGCAGAGAGGACUUAAGAUCCAGGAAGCCAAAUUUAACCUGGAUGGUACAGCUGAGCGUCCAGCUCAUCCUCCAGAUGUGGAUUACCCUCUGGAUGGGGAGAAAAUCCUGCACGUAAAAGGAUCAAUCAGGGACUCUGUGAUGGAGAUCCUGUUUGAACAGGACAACGAAGAGAAGAGUGUGGCCUCUCUGAUACUUGAUGCUCUGGUCAAGUGCCCCAUUGACGCACGCAAAGUGCUCUCUGAGAACCUAGUGGUGAUCGGAGGGACCGCCAUGCUGCCUGGUUUCAUGCACCGCCUGCUGGCUGAGUUACGCCUCCUGGUGGAGAAACCCAAGUACAGCGACGUGCUGGCCAGCAAAAGCCUGCGUAUACACGCUCCACCUGCCAAGCCCAACUGCACCGCCUGGCUCGGAGGGGCCAUCUUCGGUGCGCUGCAAGACGUCCUGGGCAGCAGGUCGGUGUCUCGAGAUUACUACAACCAGACAGGACGCAUCCCUGACUGGUGCUGCCUGAGCUCUCCUCCUCCUGAAUCUCUCUACGAGGCAGGAAAGACCCCUCCUCCACUCAUGAAGAGAGCUUUCUCCACAGAGAAGUAGACGACGCUGUAACAUAAUCCAUACUAUAUAAUCUACUUCACUCAACAUAAAAGUACAUUCACGUAAUCUAAAAAAAAUAACAUCUACACACAACUGUUGUUCAUGAUUACACUAACAGCUCUAGAUGUUGACAUGUCUGGUGGUCAAACCUACCUUUUUGUAUGCACACGCUUUGGACAGUUUGAUGAUCAGGUGAACUGGUUUCUGACCUCACCAGACCAAUUAGAUAUUUGGAUCCUAGUCGACAUCAUUGAUCAUCUACAAGGAUUAGUCUCUGUGCUACAUGCAGCCAUGUUUGUGUCUCAUUUCAAGUCUCCUUUAGCCAGACUGUUUACUCUCACUCCACUUUGUCAUACAUUUUAUUUUUGGCGGUUUGAUGGAAAACUAAAAGCAGAAAGGAUUCAGAUUAUUAACAAGUCGAACUUUAGUUGUCUUUCUCUCAGCAAAAAUAGAGAAAAAGUUUCUCAAGUUUGGACCAUACACCAUUACUCCUGAUGACUGAUCAAGGGUGAAGAUCACUUUGUUUAACUGUAAUGUCACAUCCAUUUUCAUAUAAAACAAGUACUUAUUUAUUAUUUGGAUGUAAUAAAGGCCCUGUAAACUCG